GUGUGCAUACAUAUGUGCUUUACAUGCUUCACUGAUGAUUCUCACUUGUGGUAUCAUGUUUUAGUCCACACACUGCCGUGGUUGAUGACUCAAACAAGCCGCGUCCAGCGCAAGAUGAAGUUCGUUACUGUCGUGUGUCCGAUGCUGCUGGCAUCACUGCUCUGGCUGCUGACAGAAGCUGCAAGAACAGAGGGUCUCCCGUCUUCUACUCGUCAAAUAUGUUCCCUUAACUAUCCGAAAGACUACCCCAAUGACAUCAGAUGGUCUUUGGUCAUACACGCCAGAGAUCCUGACAGCGCCCUCCAUAUAACCUUCACCCAUUUCGAUCUCGAGGGUUCUGCCAGGUGUACACGAGACUAUCUUGAUGUUUACGAUGAUGGAUUAGACGAGGACACUAGCCGCCAUCUUGGUCGCUUCUGUGGUUCCACGUCUCCUGGAGACAUCACUACCUCUGAGAGUAGCGCCCUGUUAAUACUCAUUACAAACGCUAACGUCUCCCGAUCUGGAUUUUGUAUCAUGUACUAUUCCAUUGAAAAAAACGACAUGGAAUACAAACAGAAUAUAAUUGUCAUCUGUUCUGUUUAUGGCACCAUGCUGUUACUUGUCGUCGUAGGUUUUCUGAAAUAUAAGUACUUUGACUCUCACAACAUAUACAUCAAGGAAAGAAUCCAUGAAAGCAGCAUUUGUGAGAUUUACGCGAGUGACGCGACAGCUUGUCCGCCUUCAUCACACAACUCUAAGACCGUGCCGAGCUGUACUGAACCCCCUCCGCCAUACAACGUUGAACACAUAUGAUUUGGACGUGGGCAGCAAGUGGAAUAUAAUUAUGAUCCUCUUUUCAUGUAAAUUUAGGGAGAUCCCUCUGCCACAUCACAGACGGGGGUUGGGCAUCAUCGUGAACCCAUAGCAUCUGAAAACGUCAUCGAAGCGUUUACGUUUCUUCCAAGUAUUUUGACUGAAUUCAUGAGUGAGUGAGUUGGGUUUAACGCCGCUUUUUAACAGUAUUCCAGUUAUAUUACUGCAUGUCAGCUUAAUGUGGGAGGAAA